AUGACAAAGCAGAUCUGCGCCAGGGGAGUCCGCCGCGUGGUCUUUACCGCCACCGCGUGGACUUCGUUCAGAUGGGAGAACUCGGAAGAUGUUGUAGCACAAGAGGAGGAGGAGGAGGAGGAGGAAGGAGGAGACUUCGGUGGUAGCGGCGAUGCCUCUUCGCCCUACGUGCCCCCGUACCGUCCCACCCUGCCUGCCCGGGAACGACUCCAUAUCCAGAAGAGCAAUGUGUGCUCUCGGGCCUAUUUCGUCGUGGUCAUGGUCUUCUUCCAUGUCUACAUUUUAAAUGUCAUUGCGCUUCUCCUCUACGUCCACUACAACAACGGCCCGGGUGAUCUUGCUAGUGUAGACGGGUCUUCCACGGAGACCGUUGCCGAGGAUGGAAGCCCCUUGCCCCAUGCUGCCCCCCCGGACCAAGUCCUCGAAAUGAACAAAUACCGCCAAAGUUACAGUCUCCCCCGCAUUGAAGGAAUACGAGUUGGCCAUGUUCAACGUGUGUCUCUUAUGCCUGAGAAAACUCAUGAGAUGAAAACUCUCAGCCUGAAGCCUCUGCUCUUUGAGAUCCCUGGCUUCCUGUCUGAGGAGGAGUGCCGCGUGGUGGUGCAGUUGGCUCAGCUCAAGGGCCUGACGGAGAGCCAGACAACCGCCUCCAGCGGCGGGGAGCAGCAGGAGCCAGGCCAGCCCCUCCUGGUUCUCACCACCGACGAGGUCUUCAGCCUGCUGGACCUGGACCAGGACGGGCUGCUGCAGAAGCAGGAAAUUGUAAGUCACUCCCGCUCUCAAGACGGGACUUGGCUGAGCCCAGACAACCUGCGGCAAAUCCUCACCGGUCUGGAGGCCCAGCAGGCAGGCGCUCUCACACUGGAGGACUUCAGGCUCGUGUUCGACAUUUUCAAGCACCCUGCCAAGCAGCGUAGCUCCACCCUCCAGGGUCACUUCCAACGUAGAAGCAAACACACCCGGAUGUACCAAGGCCCCGGGUCCCACCACGUCCUGCACUCACUAAGGAACAGGGUCACCCGCCUGCGUUUGCCCUCGCCAUUGGUAGAAUUUAGCGAGCCGCUGCAGGUGAUUCGCUACGAGCAAGGGGGCUUUAGCAACGCCCACCACGACAGCAGCCCGGCCCACUCGGAGACCACCUGUGCACACACGCGGCUUGCUGGGAACACAUCCACUCUCACAGAGAUCAAAUGCAGGUACCUCACCGUCAUGGUGUACCUGAACUCUGUGGUGGAAGGAGGGGAGACCACCUUUCCAGUGGCGGAUAAUCGCACCUACGAGCAGGAGGCACUGGUCCAGGACGGGACGGACCUCACAGACACCAGGGCCACGUGUGAACGGGGGAACCUCCGCGUGAAGCCCACCGCUGGGACGGCUCUGCUGUGGUACAACCACCUCUCCGACGGACGAGGAUGGAUGGGUGAGGUCGACGAGUACUCCCUCCACGGGGGUUGCCCGGUCAUGCUCGGGGAGAAGUGGGUGGCCAACAGUUGGGUGAACGUGGACCCGGAUCACCAGCGGCAGGCCCGCUAUCAGCGGCUCGUGUCCAACGAACAGACAGCCAAGUCUGGCCGAGAGGAGAGCUACCAUCCUCUCUCCCACAGUGAGCUCCACCAGGACCUAUAGCCAGGGGGGUCUCUGAGGGUCCACCAGAACCUAUAGCCAGGCUGUCUCUGAGAGUCCACCAGGACCUAUAGCCAGGGGGGUCUCUGAGAGUCCACCAGGACCUAUAACCAGGCGGGCAAAGUCAGUCGCUGAAAUUGAACCGAGAUCUUAUUCGGCUUUAUGAUCUUUCCACUUAAAAAUGAAUAGAACCCCCAGCAACCUCAUCCUGCAGCACAACGGUUCUGAAUAAUAAUGUUUCUGUGAUCACUCUGUAGAGAGAGUUUGUGAGUUUGUGUGUUUUUUUUAUUAUUUGUUUAUAGUCGGUGAGUCAAAAUAUGUAAUUACCCGACCAUCUUUGCCACGGUUUUCCAGGUAAUUAGGAUGCAGAGACAAUAGGGAAUAGGUAUUUAGCUUUACUUGAAUUUUAAUUCCAUUGCAAUACCUUUCCAAAGUGUUAUGAUUUUUAUCAGGCAGAAUAAAAGCCUACAUGAGCCAUAUCGUAUCACAAUUUAUGUAUGAAUUUCUUCCAAUGGGAACUGUUUGAGAUGUUGUAUCUGAGUAGUCCAGUUUAAAAUAUUACUUAUACUGUUUUAUCAAUGAACUUUUCUAUACUAUACUAAGGCAAAACGUCUUGGCCAAGACUACAUUUAAUUAAUUUAAUUUACAUCCUAACAUUUAGUCUGGAGUCAGCAAUUCGGUAUUAUGCAUAAUUGUGAUUUUUCGCAUUAAAAAUUGUAUUUAUUUGGUUAUCGGUUAUUUAUCUUUAUAUUUAUUUUACUGUUAUUUAUUACAACUGUUUGAAUAUUUAUGAUUACAGAGUACAUGCUAUAUGUAUGACAUUCUGAUUCUGUUGCACUAAAUUGUAUGUUGCAUUGAACUGUUAUUUAUUUCAUACACAGCAUUUGUUUUAAAUUCAUCUAUAUAAUAUAUGCAUUAAAAAAUAUUUUAUUGGUUCGUUAUUUGCCCGUUCGUGAAAUGUAUUAGUAAAUUGGGUCCACCUGUCAUUGGGGGUCAAUACAUAUAGUUUUCCACAAGAUGUCGCUUAAUGUAAUGUGCAAGACCCCAUGGCUCCCUAAUCUCAGAAAUGUUUGCAUUUCCAAGAGGACAAUACAUCACUAUCCUUUGAGCUGGUCGAUUUGUGGACAUCGCUCAUUCGGGAGAUGUGCCAGUGCUUUCGUGGUUUUCUGUCUUGAUCCGUUGAGGGUAAACACACGCAUCCUUGAUGCUGGUAGGCUACAAUAUAUAAUCUAAAAAACGAAUAAAUGAACAUCAGUUAUGAAAUAUAUUAAU